CCUCCCGCCGCCCCCGGCCCGGCCCGAUGCCGCCGCCGCCGCCUCUGUUUCUCCGGACCCCUCGUUGGCCGCCGCGCUCCGACGCCCUGCAGUUCCUGAAGCGUCCCCGGCGCUCCGGCCAUGGCGCCGCCGCCCCUGCCCUGAUCCCGUCCCCGCGCCGCGCCAGGGCCACCACCAUGCUCCGACCAUGAUGAUGGCCCGCAAGCAAGAUGGCCGCACGCCCACCUACAACGUCAGCGUGGUGGGACUGUCCGGCACCGAGAAGGAGAAAGGCCAAUGCGGCGUCGGCAAAUCUUGCCUUUGCAACCGAUUCGUCCGACCCAGCGCCGACGACUUCCACUUGGACCACACGUCCGUCCUCAGCACCAGUGACUUUGGAGGAAGGGUGGUCAACAAUGACCACUUCCUCUACUGGGGCGAGGUGGCCCGAGCGUUGGAGGAGUGCGUGGAGUGCAGGAUCCACGUGGUGGAACAGACGGAGUUCAUCGACGACCAGACCUUCCAACCUCACCGGAGCACGGCGUUGCAACCUUACAUCAAAAGAGCGGCGGCCACCAAGUUGGCGUCGGCCGAGAAGCUCAUGUACUUCUGCACCGACCAGCUGGGUUUGGAGCAGGACUUCGAGCAGAAGCAGAUGCCCGACGGCAAGUUGCCGGUGGACGGUUUCUUGCUCUGCGUCGACGUCAGCCGCGGCAUGAACCGCAACUUCGACGAGCAGCUCAAGUUCGUCUCCAACCUCUACAACCAACUGGCCAAGACCAAGAAACCCGUGGUGGUGGUGUUGACCAAAUGCGACGAGGGCGUCGAGCGUUACAUCCGCGACGCCCACGCCUUCGCUUUGGGCAAGAAGAACCUGCAGGUGGUGGAGACCUCGGCGCGUUCCAACGUCAACGUGGACCUGGCCUUCAGCACCUUGGUGCAGCUGGUGGACAAGAGUAGAGGCAAGGCCAAGAUCAUCCCGUACUUCGAGGCCCUCAAGCAGCAGAGCCAGCAGAUCGCCGCCGCCAAGGACAAGUACGAGUGGCUCGUCAGCCGCAUCGUCAAGAGCCACCACGAGGUCUGGCCCAACGUCAGCCGCAAGAUGCAACCGGCGCCUGAGUACCAAGACUACGUCUACUUGGAGGGCACCCAGAAGGCCAAGAAGCUCUUCCUGCAGCACGUCCAACGUCUCAAGCAGGAGCACAUCGAGCGGCGCCGCAAGGUCUACCUGGCCUUGCUGCCCCAAGCCUUGGACGCCCUCGUGCCGGAUCUGGACGAAAUCGACCACUUGAGCCGCGCCAAGGCCGAGAAGCUUCUGGAGGCCAAGCCCGAUUUUCUCAAGUGGUUCGUGGUGCUGGAGGAGACUCCUUGGGAUGCCACCAGCCACGUGGACAACGUGGACAACGAGCGCAUCCCCUUCGACCUGCUGGAGACGCCGGCGGCCGAGCAGCUCUACGAGGCGCACCUGGAGAAGCUCCGCAACGAGCGGAAGCGCGCCGAGAUGAGGAGGGCGUUCCGCGAGAACCUGGAGACCUCGCCCUUCGUCACGCCCGGCAAACCCUGGGAGGAGGCCAGGAGCUUCAUCAUGAACGAGGACUUCUACCUGUGGUUGGAGGAGUCCGUCUACAUGGACAUCUACGGGAAACACCAGAAGCAGCUGAUCGACAAAGCCAAGGAGGACUUCCAGGAGCUUCUGCUGGAGUACUCGGAGCUCUUCUACGAGCUGGAGUUGGACGCCAAGCCGAGCAAGGAGAAGAUGGGCGUCAUCCAGGAGGUUCUGGGCGAGGAGCAGAGGUUCAAAGCUCUGCAGAAGCUCCAGGCCGAACGCGACGCCCUCAUCCUCAAGCACAUCCACUUCGUCUACCACCCCACCAAGGAGACGUGUCCCAGCUGCGCCGCCUGCGUGGACGCCCGCGUGGAGCAGCUGCUGGGCUCGCGCUUCAUCCGGCACCACCGCAACAACCCCUUGGCCGACUCCAACAUCGACCGCAUCAACUUGGUCAUCCUGGGCAAGGACGGCUUGGCCCGAGAGUUGGCCAACGAGAUCCGUGCGCUCUGCACCAACGACGACAAGUACGUCAUCGAGGGCAAGAUGUACGAGUUGGCCUUGAGGCCCAUCGAGGGCAACGUCCGCCUGCCGGUCAACGCCUUCCAAACGCCGACCUUCCAACCGCACGGUUGCCUUUGCCUCUACAACUCCAAGGAGUCUCUGUCCUACGUGGUGGAGAGCAUCGAGAAGAGCCGCGAGUCCACCGUGGGUCGCCGCGACGGCCACUUGGCCCAACUGCCCUUGACGCUCAUCUUGGUCAACAAACGCGGCGGCGGCGACGCCGGCGGCGAGACCUUGCAGAGCUUGAUCCAGCAAGGCCAACAAAUCGCCAGCAAGCUCCAGUGCGUCUUCCUCGACCCGGCGUCGGCCGGCAUCGGUUACGGCCGGAACAUCAACGAGAAGCAAAUCGGCCAAGUCCUCAAGGGUUUGUUGGACGCCAAACGCAACCUCAACCUGGUGGUGGGCUCCACGCCGGGUUUGAAGGACGCGUCGGACGGCGCCGACUUGCGCGUGGUGAUGUGCUUGAUGUGCGGCGACCCGGUGAGCGCCGACGAGGUUCUCCUGCCCAUCCUCCAGGCGCAGCCGUGCCGGCCGGCGCCGGGCGGCGGCGCCGCGGUGCUGCUGGAGGCGGCGGUGGGAUCUCAACGGAGGAAGGUGGAGUUGUCCUUGUUGUCCUACCACGCGUCGUUCGGCUUGAGGAAGAGCCGGCUGGUUCACGGUUACAUCGUCUUCUACGCCGCCAAACGCAAGGCGUCCUUGGCCACCUUGCGCGCCUUCUUGGCCGACGUCCAGGACAUCGUGCCCGUCCAGCUGGUGGCUUUGGCCGACGGCUCCGCCGAUCUUCUGGACAACGACGUGAGCCGCGAGCAGUUGGCCGAGGGCGAGGAGAUCGCGCAGGAGAUCGAGGCCAGGUUCACCGCUUUGCCGUCUGGACAGCCCCAAACCAAGCUGGACGUCUUCCAACCUUUCUUCAAGGACGCUUUGGACAAGAAGAACAUCGUGGAGGCCGCCCACAUGUACGACAACGCCGCCGAGGCGUGCAGCACCGGCGAGGACGUCUUCAACUCGCCGCGCGCCGGCUCUCCGCUCUGCAACUCCAACCUGCCCGACUCCGAGGAGGACCCGGAACCUCUGCCCGGCUACAGCCCGUUCCGCGAGGAACCGCCCGUGGCCACCUUGCCCAAGGACCACUCCAAGCUGUCCAUGGAGCUGGAAGGCAACGACGGGCUGAGCUUCAUCUCGGUGGUGGGAACGUUCGAUGGAAAACCCACCAAGAUCCCGCCGCCGGUCAAACCGAAACCGCCGGUUCACUUCGACAUCAAGGGCGGCGACCUGGGCUACCUGGAGCAAAGCCACCGCGACGUCCAGCGGCGCUCGGUGUCCUCGUCCACGUGGUUGCCGCCGGAUUGCUUCGACCCUUCGGACUACGCCGAGCCCAUGGACGCGGUGGUGAAACCGCGCAACGAGGAGGAGAACAUCUACUCGGUUCCUCACGACAGCACCCAAGGCAAGAUCAUCACGGUGAGGAACAUCAACAAAGCCACGUCCAACGGCAGCGGCAACGGCUCGGACAGCGAGAUGGACACGAGCUCCUUGGAGCGCGUUCGGAAGGCGCCGGGCGUCGCCAAACCGGCGCUGUACCGGGCGCGGUGCGCGCGGCUGGGACGCUUCGCCGGUUACCGGCCGGGGCUGAGCGUCGGCAGCGACGACGAGUUGGGACCGGGCAGGAAGAAGGACGAGGAAGCGGGAGGUCAAGGUGGCUACAAAGGGGACAACGCGGUGAUGGCCUACGAGGCUGGAGACGGAGAGGAUCCGCGCAGGAGGAACAUCUUGAGGAGCCUCAGGAGGACCACCAAGAAGCCGAAGGCCAAGGCGCGCCCGUCGCUCUCCAAGGCGCCGUGGGAGAGCAGCUACUUCGGGGUGCCCCUGGCCAGCGUGGUCACCCCCGAGCGGCCGAUCCCCGUCUUCAUCGAGCGCUGCAUCCAGUACAUCGAGGCCACCGGGCUGAGCACGGAGGGGAUUUAUCGAGUGAGCGGCAACAAAUCGGAGAUGGAAAGUCUGCAGCGCCAGUUCGACCAGGAGAUCAACGUCCGCGAGCAGAAGCUGCUGGCGCUGCGCGACGUGCUCCGGAAAUUCCCGCGCGAGAAUUACGAGGUCUUCAAAUACGUCAUCGCUCACCUCAACAGGGUCAGCCAACAACACCGCGUCAACCUGAUGACCAGCGAGAACCUCUCCAUCUGCUUCUGGCCCACCUUGAUGCGACCGGACUUCAGCACCAUGGACGCCUUGACGGCCACCAGGACCUACCAGACAAUCAUCGAACUCUUCAUCCACCAGUGCCCCUUCUUCUUCUCGCUCCGGCCACCGCCGGACACGCCCGGCUCGCCCGGUCCAGCUCCGGCCACCGCCGCCGGUUCCUUCCCCCGCCGCCGCCGCCGUUGUCACCUCCUCGGACGCCGUCGCGCCGCCGCCGCCGGAACCGUUGGAGUGACCUCUUGGGGGAUGUCCGGCCAAAAUUGGGCCUCUCCAGACGGACGGACGGACGGACGGACGGACGCAGAGAUGGGGGGGAGGAUGUUGGCUGGGGAUGUUUGCCCCAGACUUUGGCCAGGCCGGACGGACGGACGGACGGACGCCGCCGGGGAGGGGCCUGGGAGGGGCUGCGAGAGGGGGUCAUCCAAGGUGGUCUGUGGUGGCCUGAAGGUCAUUCGAGGUGGUCUAAAGGUCAUCCGAGGUGGUCCAAGGUUCAUCCAAGGUUUCCCAAGGUCCAUCCCAGGAGAUCCAAGGUGGCCCAAGCUCCAUCCGAGGUUCAUCCAAGGUGGCUCAUGGUCCAUCCAAGGAGAUCCAAGGUCCAUCCAAGGUGGCCCAAAGGGGUUGAAGGUCCAGCCAACGUCAUCCGAGGUUGUCCAAUGUGCCCCAACGUGGUCCAAGGUGGCCCCAGGUCCAUCCCAGGAGAUCCCGGAUGGCCCCAACUCCAUCCGAGGUUCUCCAAGAUCCAUCCCAGGAGAUCUGAGGUGGCCCCAGGUCCAUCCCAGGUCCAUCCAAGGUGGCCCCAGCUCCAUCCAAGGUUCUCCAGGGUCCAUCUCAGAAGAUCCGAGGUGGUCCCAGGUCCAUCCAAGGUUCUCCAAGAUCUAUCCCAGGAGAUCUGAGGUUGCUCAGGGUCCAUCCAAGGUUCUCCAAGAUGGCCCCAGCUCCAUCCGAGGUUCUCCAAGGUCCAUCCCAGGAGAUCCGAGGUUGCUCAAGGUCCAUCCAAGGUUCUCCAAGGUCCAUCCAAGGUUGUCCAAGCUCCAUGCCAGGAGAUCCAGAGACCACCAGAAGCCACCUGAGGCCACCAGAAGCUCCUCAGACCCCUCAAAAAACCCCAAAAAACCCCAAAAACCCCCAAAAAUACCCCAAAACUCCCCAAAUCCGCCGAUUCCGCCCCAAAAGCACUUCCGGGGGUGGGGGAGGGGCCUGGGACCUCCCCGACCUCCCCAAAUUUGGGCUUUUCCCGCCCAAAAGAAUUCCGGAAUUUUGGGAAAAUUUGGGAAAUUUUGGGAAAAUUUGGGAAAUUUUGGGGAAAAUUUGGGGAUUUUGGGGGCGGCACUGGAAUCUCAAGGUACCAGCGGGAGCUGCCGGCUCCGCUUCGCACUUUAACGCCCCCGAGACCCCCCCGGGACAGAAAAUCCCCCAAAAAUAAAAAUUUAAAAAUUAAAAUUUAAAAAUAAAGGCUCCAAAUUUUAAUUUUUGGGGAAAAAAACCCCGGAAAAAUUGGGGAAAAAGUGAAAAAAAAAUUAAUUUUUCCCACAAAAAUUCAGAUUUUUUUCAACAAGAAAUUUUAAUUUAAGACGCCCCCAAGACAGAAAAAUCGCCAAAAAUCAAA